CCAGGGCAGCAGCGGCGGCGGCGGCGGCGGCGGCGGAAGGGGCGGUGUCUGAGCUGGCGGAGCCACGCGGCGAUGGCGGAGCCAGUGCGGGAGGAGCUUUUGGCUCUGGCUGCGAUUUUCUGCGGGCAGGACGAGUGGGAGGUGCUGAGCCACUCAGAGACAGAUGGCAUCGUGUUCAGAAUUCACACAAAAGCUGCAGGACUUACGGAUGUGGAUCUACCCUUAGAAUUGGUGUUUCAUUUACCUGUCGCUUACCCGUUGUGUCUACCUGGUAUCUCAGUUAACUCAGAACACCUGACCAGGGCCCAGUGUACGACUGUGAAAGGGAAGUUACUUGAGCAAGCGAAGAGCCUUUUGUCUGAGCCUAUGGUUCAUGAACUUGUUCUCUGGGUUCAGCAAAAUCUCAGACACAUUCUCAACCAACCAGAAACGGGAAGCACCAGUGAAAAGUGUUCUUUUCCACUGAGCCCAGCUGUGGAUGGUGAACCGUGGAUAACUCUUGUGCAUUUAGAUCAUAUGAGAGCAAAGAGUAAAUACGUCAAAACUGUGGAGAAGUGGGCUUCAGAUUUAAGGCUGACAGGAAGACUGAUGUUCAUGGGUAAAAUAAUACUGAUUUUACUACAAGGAGACAGAAACAACAUUAAGGAGUACCUGAUUCUUCAGAAAACCUCCAAAGUAGAUGUGGACUCAAGUGGAAAGAAAUGCAAAGAGAAAAUGAUUAGUGUCCUGUUUGAAACAAAAGUACAGACAGAACACAAAAGGUUUCUGGCAUUUGAAGUCAAAGAGUAUUCAUCGUUGGAUGAGUUACAAAAGGAAUUUGAAACUGCAGGACUUCAGAAGCUUUUCUCCGAAUUUGUACUUGGACUGGUAAAAUGA